AUGUCCACCACGCUCAGCGCUACUCUUCGCGACCCUGAUUACGGCAUGUUAUUCAAUCAAGAUCAACUCCUCCUCGUGUCCGGCACCCAAUCGAAACCGUUAGAUGGAGAAGACUUGCACUUGACCUCGAUAUCGGAUGCGGAGCUGCUCAAGUACACGCGCAAGAGUGAUCCAGACACCUACCGCGUCAGGCUCGAGACGACCAUGGGCGACGGUUUCGACGUUAUCGUGAAAGUUGCCCAGGAUCUUCAGUCCUUUGACAGGCUUGUGAAGCUCGGGAAACUCUACGCUGGUCUAUUGUUCGACCGCGAACAACCCUACGUGCCGUUAUGCUAUGGCGCGUUCAAGGUAUCGGAAUCAGCCAUUCACACUCGCCUCGAUACGAAAGGCGUGGGCUGCUUGGUACUUGAGGAUUGCGGCAAACCCCUGACUAUGUUCAAUAUCAAAGGUCGCAGGGCCCUGACGGAGAGGUUUAGGAUCAGGCUCUUCAAUGCUGUUCUCAAGGUGCACAUGGCUGGUAUCUGCUAUCAGUUUGACGAAGACGAGAAGCAUGUUUUCGACGUAGAUGGCCCACCUCGCCUCGUCGGCUUCACAAACGCCAAGAUGAGCGAUGAGCCGUGUCUCGAGCCUGGUAAUACUCACAAGAUACCCAUAUUCCGCGCACCUUCACUGGAUCCGGACGAGUUUCCGCGCUGUGACGCCCUCUUUCUACUCGGCGAGUUCUUGGAACUAUGGACUCCAAACCUCUUUUCCUGCUCAGGGUUCGAUGGGCAGACUUUCCCUUACGAGAUGUUAAACAAGCCCUUCCGCGUUGCAGAUAUGAGGCCUUCCUUUCUGUCGAAGAGAGAAGGUCUCAAAGCGGCUAUGGAGGGAAUCUGCCAGUACCUAGAGAAGUAUUAUCCCGAAGCCGGUCGUGACUAUCGAGUUAUGAUAAAGAUCAACAUGCACAGGUUGAGCGCGGUUUAUGAAGCCCGUGGGACUGAACCCAAUUUGCUGAGGUUUUUUGACGGGGACCUUCAAUGCAGCUGGCAAAGGCCAACGACGGAAAGGAGAGUUUAG